UAAACUACUCCCAAGUGACAAGAAUACACUUUCUAAUAGAAAUGAAUUUGACGGUCACCAGGAUUUGAGCAGUAAAACGUGAAAGGGAGGGUCAUCCCGCUGUUAUAAAAUGCACCUCCAAAGUGUCCUAUCAUAAAACGCAUUCCCCUGUUCCUCGAUUCAUCAUUCGGCUGGAUUUUUUUUCCCAUCCAAAUAUCAAAGAUGAAUUUGCUCUGCUUUUCCGUACUUGCCAUUUCAUGCAGGCUGGCUUCCAGCGCGGAUUGGUGCUAUCAGUCUCAAGUAUCUUGCGGCAAUCAGUCGUGCGCAGGACCAGAUGACUGGGCAUCGGUAGCAGCAACCUGUGGAAAUACAAAACAGUCACCUAUUAACAUCGUAACCAAGAAAACUGUCUUUGACAGUCACCUAACCCCAGUGCAGUUUACGGACUACCAAUCUAUAAUCGAUACUGUCAUUACAAACAAUGGACACACGGUGCAAGUCAACCUGCCAAACAGAGCAGCAAUUGGUGGAGCCAAUUUAGGAGCCAAUUACAAAGCUCAGCAGCUUCACCUUCACUGGGGCAAGAACGCUGGACCUGGAUCUGAACAUACUAUAGAUGGAGAGAAAUACCCUAUGGAGCUUCACAUUGUGCACGUGAAUGAAAAAUACGGCUCCGUGGAACAGGCCGUCGACGACCCUUCAGGGGUGGCCGUACUAGGAUUUUUUUAUGAGGAGUCACAAAGCGCCAAUAAAAAAUAUGACGGCAUCAUAAAUUCCCUGAAAAAUAUUACACAUCCUGGCACCAAUGUAACGCUGUCGGGCGUGUCGUUGGACAUGCUCAUUCUGCCCCACGACGAACUGGACAGGUACUUCCGCUACCAGGGGUCCCUCACCACGCCAGGCUGCUCCGAAGCUGUGGUCUGGACGAUAUUUGAGAAAACGAUACCGCUCAGCAGGGAACAGCUUGCUGCCUUUUCAGAGCUGAUGUUUUCUGACGGGACUGCCAUGGUGAACACCUUCCGGCCCGUUCAGCUGCGGAACGGGCGCGAGGUGUUUUAUUCCAGGAGCUACGUUUUUUGCGCUAGCGCUGCCUUAUUGGUCAGCUCUGUUUUUACAUCCCUUUAUGUUCUUGCCGUCUAAUUCACGGUUGUCUGUUUGAGGUUAUUUGUCGUUCACCGAUAAAUCAUGGGAAAUCUGACUUUGUUGCCGUUUAGACACGCGCGGCUUCGAAACGUUCUUCUUGAAUUUCGAAAUCUAAUGACAUUUUAAUUCUGAAACAUCAUAGUUUUGAGCGCGAUUGAACUGUGACUGAAUUAACAUUUGUAAAAUUCAUAUACUUAGCGUGCAAAAAACUGCACGGUAUUCCCUGUUACAAGUCAGUAUAAAUUAAGGACAUUGUAUAACAUAUACAGAAUAUUGAGGACAUUAUAUGAUAUUAUGAGACAAUACUUGGUGAUAUAUAUAUAUAUAUAUAAUUCUAAUUACUGUAUUCUUGUUUGUUCUGCAUUGGUAAAUGUUCAAUCCAAAUUUAUAUAACAAUAAAAAAGAAA